CACAGGGGCACGCACCUACAGGAUAAAGAUCUAUGAGAAGGAGAAUCACAGAGGCAACAUGGUAGAGUUAACCGAGGACUCUCCGCAAGUCAUGGACCAGCUACGCUCCCCCGAGAUGCUCUCUUGUUCUGUGCUGGAGGGGUACUGGAUCCUUUACGAAUUGCCGAAUUACAGAGGCCGCCAAUACCUGCUGAGGCCAGGGCAGUACAGGAGAUUCAGCGAGUGGGGCUCUAUGAGUGGCAAAGUUGGCUCUUUGAGACGUGCCACUGAUCUCUACUGAAUCAAGACGCCUUUUGUCUGGAAGGAUCUCAAUGAAUAAAAUGCUUUAACCACCA